AUGCACAAGGACAUGCAGUUUGAUGAUGACUACGAUGGGGUGGGACGCUGGGAGACAAAGAAACGCCGCUCUGAGGUCAGCAAGGAACUGUUGCAUACAUUUGAUCCUCACUUUGUGUACAGAGCCUUGAAAGACUCUGAUACGGAGAUGUUCAUGAGAUGGGACAAGCUGAGUGACAUGUUGACAGACUACAUCGCGGAUCGCUCGGAGACGAGUUACCUCAGUCUCACCCCCGUGGCCCACUUCUGGCGGAAGUUGGUGGAGAGGUUCCCUGAGCUGGUGGAUUUCCUGGCCAUGACUGACGAGACCACUCGGGACAAAUUCAAGUCGUUUGCCACAAAGCUGUAUAACGACUUUUACCUCAAAAAGAAGGUUGAAAGGGGACCAAUAUACAAGAUGCUCAACUGGCGUGAUAGGGCCCCUCUAGCACAGUGGCUUGCCAUGGCAGAAGAGGAAGAUCUACAGUUUUUCAAGGAGUUAAUUAUAGAUAUGUACAAAUCACAGCACCCCAAGGCAGCUGAGGAAAUGGAAAGAAAGAUUCAAGAGCAAGGCAGCCACAAGGUUGCAGACCCACAGGAUUGUAACCAGAAGAUGUCUGCACUGUGCAAGUUCUGCUGUGUGCACAACUUCACUCGCGUGCUGUCAGACAAGAGCCAAAUUCUGGAAGAAAUAAGCGAGAGGCUGGGUCCCCUGAGGCACAGCGCCCAAAAGAAGAUAUUGACACAAGCCAUAGUUGCCACAGCAGCCGUCAAGUUCAAGGCUGGAUCCAAAAUGGCGGCUGUGGGGACAGAUGCUGUUGGGAAGUCGGAUGGGCAGGACUACCCACUCCCAUCGAGAAGAGGACAAGAUGGGAAGAUGGAAGGAGGUGGUCGCAUGGCUGGCUGUGGCAAGUCAGUUGCAGGGAAGCCAAACCGGGAGAUCAUAUCAUGCUCCUUUUCUUCAGAGGAAAGUUUCCAGGGUGCAGUGGCCAACGACAGAACUGUGGCCAUGCACGGAAUUGAUCCCCUGAUUAACUGUAGUGCUGCCUAUGCGUUUGAGGACUGGGAUGCCAGGACCAGGGCCGCUGAACCGCAGGGGCCAUCGAGCAGGCGCGUGGAACAGGGAGCUAUGGGUGAUGUGGAAAGCGCUGCAGAGAGAGCGGGCACAAAGGGAACGCAAAGCACUACACAGGAUCAGUUGUCGCCUCAGAAUCAGGCAACGAGAGGUGAACGACUCCCAGAAGUGGAUAAUAGAGGGAGGCCACAGGAGAGACGGCGGCAGCACUCUGGUAAUUUCGCCUUGACUGUGCUUGUUGAGGACGCCCGUUAG